AUUACCUUCUUCAUUCUUCGAAGGCGUGAGUUGAAAUUUGCAAAACAAGUCGCGUAGACAGACAGAUUCAUAUUUCAUAGAUAGCGAGGAGAGCCUGUAAUAAUUCUUCAGAUUCCGGACAACUUGUGAUCACCGUAGGUAUCUUUCUUCUCCUCUUGGCUCCAUAAUUUCAUUCUAAUGGAACAGAAUGAAGACCCUGAGCAUGGUGUGAUGAUGGAACACACUUCCCUACAAUCUUUGCAAAUUGAUCCAGAAAGAUCCCGGUUUCCGUUCUGUAUUGUGUGGACACCUAUUCCUGUCUUAUCAUGGUUCAUUCCUUUUAUCGGCCACAUGGGGUUAUGCAGAGAGGAUGGUGUGAUCUUGGAUUUUGCUGGCCCGAAUUUUGUUUGUGUGGACAACUUUACUUUUGGAGCUGUAGCCCGCUACAUCCGCAUAGAUGAAGGAAAGUGCUGUGUUUACAGAAGUGAUAAAGAUUACAAACAGGAUGAAAGCGGAACAGAUGCAUUGACAAUGACAUGGGACGGUGCCUUGAAAAAGGGAACGCAAGAAUAUCAACACCUAUCCUACAACAUACUAACUUGUAAUUGCCACUCCUUUGUGGCCAACAAUCUUAACAGGUUGAAGUUUCGGAAUGGUGGAUGGAAUGUGGUGAAUUUGGCUGCCAUGAUCUUCCUCAAAGGGCAAUGGGUAAAUAAAGCGGCUAUGGUACGAUCAUUGGUGCCAUCCAUUGUUGUGUUUGGUAUAGGACUAUAUUUUGGAGGAGCUACCUUCCUUACAUUUUGGGCUCUUUUCACCUUCCUUCUUGUAGGAUGGUUUCUCCUUGGCACCUACUGUUUCAGUAAUUUAAUUCACCUGUGAAUCACCCAAAAACUUGUGUGAAGUUCUGUUUGCAUUAUUCUAAUUUCAUUUAAAAAUACAAAUGCACAAUACUGUUGUUGAGAUAAAUUUAAGCCGGUCAGUAUUCAGAUACUUUCUAGAAUGACCUUUAUUGGGGGGUAUUCAUUUGAAAAUUUUAAGGAUUUUUUUUCAUUCUUGAAA